GGAUGACAAUAAAUGGUCCGUGACGUAUUUCCGCUCGGCGGUAAAGCGUGUUGCAGACGCAGAACAAACGCAACACGGACGAACAGCGAAAUAUCAAAGAAACUUGAAUAACUCUCUUGUGUUUCUACAACCACAGAAUGAGUUUACCACUGAAUCCAAAGCCUUUCCUGAACGGCCUGACAGGCAAACCAGUGAUGGUGAAGCUGAAGUGGGGUAUGGAGUACAAGGGUUACCUGGUGUCUGUGGACGGAUACAUGAAUAUGCAGUUGGCAAACACAGAGGAGUAUGUGGAUGGUGCAUUGUCAGGUCACCUUGGUGAGCUGCUAAUCAGGUGUAAUAACGUUUUGUACAUCAGAGGGGUAGAAGAAGAAGAGGAAGACGGAGAAAUGAGGGAGUGAAGAUGAACGCUGUUUGUGUACUUUUUUUUGUGUUUUCACCAUGUGAAACUCGGAUAUCUGAGUUUAGAUUCUUAUCAAGCUGUAUCAUUGUUUUUUUUCUACAUUACGAGACCAAUUAUUUGACUUUGUAAUACAGACGCAAACGUAUUGUAGUGUUUCUUAAAAAUCUGCUUUCAAUUCUGUUUACUUAUAAAAAUGAAAUAAAAAGAAAUGGUGUUUUGAA